UUGGUUAAAGUUUUAUCUUAAAAUCUGCAGAACUUCUUCUGCUCUACCACCAUUGUUACUAUCUCAUUUCUACUGCUCCUUUUCUUCUCUUUUAUUUUUUCUCUGUAGAAGAAAUUUUCUAAGAUAUUACAGGUAAUUAUGGUUCGGGGUCGUCCCAGAAAAUUUAAUCAAAACCCAGUGUUAGAUUUCCGUUCAAUCACUGAUAAUGCUUGGUAUACAGUGGAUAGACUAGUUUUCUGCAAGAAAAAUAACACUCUUACUGUAAGGUUCAUGGGGUUCGAUAAUAAAGAUGAUGAUGAGGAACUUAGUGUCGAAGAUUUCAAAACUUUGAAAGAAUUAGAUGAAUUUGUGGACAGAUUUCGUCCAGCUUGUGUUCAGUUGCAGGAUGGAGAGUGUUAUGAUAUGAGACGUGGAUCGUAUGUUUGUGCAGUAUUUGAUCCAAGUGAAGAGAAUCACAAGUUUUACAACGCUGUUAUUGAAUCGGUGGAAUUUAGCAGAUUGAACGUGAACCUCACAGACGCGAAGGAGGAGAAGCGUGUUGUUCUUGUAUAUAUGUGGUUGGGUGGUUAGAAGGUCCAAACGCAAGGUGUACUGAACAGAUGGGGAUUAAACGCAUUUAUAAACUUCAAGCAGGAUCCCCGUUAUUUGAUCAAGCGCUCGCAUGUUUCGUGAAGAUGGCACGAGCACAACUAACUUGAAUUUGGUUUCAAAUGGUAAUAGUCUUAUACCAGUCGGUCAUUAUUGAUGUAAAUGUUUGAAUUUGGCAGAGUAGUGCCGCUUAAAGAUAAAUGCCGUGCGCAGUUUGGAUUACUUCUUCUUUGGGGUCAGCGUAAGUUCUAAGUAGCAUGGUAUAUGAAAACUAGGAAAAUGUAGAUUUUGUGGAAUUAUAUGUACUGCUAUGUCUUUUAGGACAGCCCGAUAUCAUGAAUUUUGUAAGUAAUAGUAAUUUGGUUAACUAGUUUUCCUCUCAAUUCAA